UCGAGAGGGUUGCAGUGCCCCAGCGAAGGAGAGUCGAGAUGAGAGGCUAGAUCGACUUUGUCGGGAUGCUGUGCGCGAAAAAGCGACGACACCUCACGUGAAGAAUCUGUCGCGAUGAUCGCGCGCGACCACGCCAUUCCUUGCGUCGAAGGAUAGAUUUUGCUGCUACGAACGUAGAGUGCUGUCGAGGCAGCACUCUGCGAACAAAAGGCAUCAAGAUUGCGAACGUAAUUCCCGUAUCGAUGCUGGGCCGCAAGCAGAGCUUGAAGGGCGAGCCCGUACUAGCCGACUACGGACCGGAGGAGUCCCUCAAUGAGAGCACCGACAUUGAGUGGGUCAACAAGCUCUGGGUUCGUCGGCUGAUGCGAGCUUGCGCCCUUCUCUCGCUGGCCUCGGUAUGCAUGAACACUCCGAAGACCUUCGAGAAGUACCCGCCCACUCAGUACAUCACUUUCACGAUCGACCUCGUGGUCACGUUUCUCUUCACGGCCGAGAUGAUCGCCAAAAUGCACAUUCGCGGGAUACUCAAGAGCGAGAAAGCGUACCUGAAGGAUCACUGGUGCCAAUUCGACGCGAGCAUGGUCCUCUUUCUGUGGAUGUCGGUGAUUCUGCAGAUGUUCGAGAUGUUGGGUUUCGCCAGCACGACUUUCAGUUACGCGUCGACCUGUCGAGCUCCGCGUCCGCUCAUUAUGAUUCGCUUCUUGCGCGUCUUCCUCAAAUUCUCCAUGCCGAAAGCUCGAAUCAAUCAGAUCUUCAAGCGCUCGAGCCAGCAGAUCUACAAUGUCACCCUGUUCUUCCUGUUCUUCAUGUCGCUUUACGGACUACUGGGCGUGCAGUUUUUCGGCCAGCUCACCAAUCAUUGCGUGCUGAACACCACCGAUCCAUCGCACAUCACCAUCAACAGCCUCGCGAUUCCGGACACUUUUUGCUCGACCGAUCCUGAGUCCGGCUAUCAGUGCCCCGAAGGCAUGAAGUGUCUCAAGCUCGAGCUUUCCAAAUACAUUAUGGGCUUCAACGGAUUCGACGAAUUCGCGACGAGUAUCUUCACGGUGUACCAGGCAGCCUCUCAGGAAGGCUGGGUGUUCAUAAUGUACCGGGCGAUCGACAGUUUGCCGGCGUGGCGAGCGAUCUUGUACUUCAGCACGAUGAUCUUCUUCCUGGCGUGGCUGGUGAAGAACGUCUUCAUCGCCGUCAUCACGGAGACCUUCAACGAGAUACGCGUGCAGUUCCAGCAGAUGUGGGGAGUUCGCGCGACCAUCAGCAACAGCUCGGCCUCUCAGAUGCUGACCGGCGACGAAACUGGUUGGCGGCUCAUCACGCUCGACGAGAACAAACACGGGGGCUUGGCUUCGCCCUUCUGCCAGAUGAUCCUCCGAUCGCCGCAAUUCCGGAUGGUCGUCAUGUGUGCUAUUUUGGCCAACGGCAUCACGACCGCGACGAUGAAUUUCAAGCACGACGAGAGGCCAAGGCACACGUUCUACGAUAAAUAUUAUUACGCGGAGAUUGCCUUUACGAUUUUACUGGAUCUCGAGACGAUUUUCAAGAUCUAUUGCCUGGGCUUCCGAAGUUAUUAUAAGCACUCCAUUCACAAGUUCGAGCUGCUACUGUCCAUCGGGACAACUAUUCACGUUUUACCUUUCUUCUACUUGUCUGGCUUUACCUAUUUCCAGGUCUUGAGGAUCGUCCGCUUGAUCAAAGCGUCCCCGAUGCUCGAAGACUUCGUCUACAAGAUCUUCGGUCCGGGCAAAAAACUCGGCAGCCUGAUUAUUUUCACGAUGUGUUUGCUCGUCAUAUCGUCCAGCAUCUCGAUGCAGCUCUUUUGCUUUCUGUGCGAUUUCACGAAAUUCGAAACUUUUCCGGAAGCUUUUAUGUCUAUGUUUCAAAUCCUGACUCAAGAAGCUUGGGUCGAAGUCAUGGACGAAACCAUGAUACGCACGCACGAGUCGAUCGCCCCGCUGGUCGCUGUUUACUUCAUACUCUACCAUCUUUUCGUCACAUUGAUCGUGCUGAGUCUUUUCGUCGCAGUCAUUUUGGAUAACUUGGAGCUUGACGAAGACAUCAAAAAGCUGAAGCAGCUUAAGUUCCGGGAGCAGAGUGCUGAAAUCAAAGAGACACUGCCGUUUAGGUUGAGAAUUUUCGAAAAGUUCCCGGACAGUCCACAGAUGACAUGCCUGCACAAAGUUCCUUCGGAUUUCAAUCUGCCGAAAGUUCGCGAGAGUUUUAUGAGGCAAUUCGUGUACGAAGUGGAGGACGAAGAAAACGAGGGCACGAGAAAAGCCAGCGAGCUGUUCGACUCGAAAAUGGUUUAUCGCAAGCAACGACCUCUCGAGCUCUUAAACAAGCCUCCUAAAGCCAGAGUCGUCGAAACGAGUUUCAAGAAGGCUGCCGUCACCUACAUUAUCAAUCGUGCUUUUUGUUUUAGCGAUUCGAACAAUCAAAGGUUACUUCUGGGCGACUCCGCGAUGAUACCAGUUCCAGGUAAAGGACUGCUAAAGCCACAGGGAACAGUCAACAAUACCAAGCAGUUGCGCAUCGAUCAAAAAAAAUCGAUACGCAGAAGUGUGAGAAGCGGCUCGAUCAAGCUGAAGCAGACGUACGAGCACCUGAUGGAAAACGGCGACGUUGGAGCCAUCAACCGCAUGACUUCGUCUCGCAGCGGCCGACCUCACGACUUGGACAUCAAACUGUUGCAGGCCAAACGGCAGCAGGCUGAAAUGAGAAGAAAUCAACGGGAAGAAGAUCUGCGAGAGAAUCAUCCAUUCUUCGACACGCCUCUGUUCGUGGUGCCACGAGAGAGCAGAUUCCGCAAGCUCUGCCAGUUGUUGGUGUACGCGCGGUACGACGCAAGAUUGAAGGACCCUCUCACCGGCAAGGAGAGAAAAGUCCAGUACAAGAGCUUGCACAACUUCCUCGGCCUCGUCACUUAUCUCGACUGGGUGAUGAUCCUCGCCACCACUUUCUCCUGCAUCUCGAUGAUGUUCGAGACCCCAAAGUACAGAGUAAUGGAAGUGCCAGCUCUGCAAAUCGCCGAGUACGGCUUCGUCAUAUUCAUGAGCAUCGAGUUGGCUUUGAAAAUCCUCGCGGACGGCUUGUUCUUCACACCAAAGGCCUACAUCAAAGACGUCGCUUCGAUUCUCGACGUUUUUAUUUACGUGGUAAGCUUGGUGUUUCUCUGCUGGAUGCCUCGCAGCGUUCCACCAAACUCGAGCGCUCAGCUGCUGAUGAUUCUUCGCUGCGUUCGCCCUCUGAGGAUCUUCACUCUGGUGCCGCACAUGAGAAAAGUCGUGUACGAAUUGUGUCGAGGCUUCAAAGAGAUCUUACUCGUGUCGAUAUUGCUGAUCCUGCUGAUGUUCAUAUUCGCCAGUUACGGAGUUCAGCUAUACGGCGGCCGACUGGCACGGUGCAACGACCCCACAAUAAUCAAGCGAGAAGAAUGCGUCGGAGUAUUCAUGAGAAGAGUUUUCGUGACCAAGAUGAAGCUGCAACCAGGGCCUAACGAAAGUUAUCCCUCGAUCCUCGUACCGAGAGUCUGGGCGAAUCCACGUCGAUUCAAUUUCGACAACAUAGGCGAUGCCAUUUUGGCGCUAUUCGAGGUCCUGUCGUUCAAAGGCUGGCUGGACGUCCGAGACGUGCUGAUAAAAGCUCUGGGCCCCGUGCACGCGAUUUACAUCCACAUAUACAUCUUCCUUGGCUGCAUGAUUGGCCUAACGCUGUUCGUCGGUGUUGUUAUCGCCAAUUAUUCGGAGAACAAAGGCACAGCUUUGCUCACCGUCGAUCAGAGACGAUGGUGCGACUUGAAAAAGCGACUGAAAAUUGCUCAGCCGUUACACCUGCCGCCAAGACCGGACGGCCGUAAGUUCCGAGCUUUCAUCUACGACAUCACCCAGAACAUUUACUUCAAACGCUUCAUCGCCGUGAUGGUUCUCAUAAACAGCUCGCUUCUGUGUGUUUCGUGGAGAGUCGAAGAAGAGCACACCGAAGCUUUAGCCACAGUUUCCAUUAUACUGACGUUGAUCUUUCUCGUGGAAGUUAUUAUGAAAAUUAUCGCGUUCACUCCUCGUGGCUACUGGCAGUCGAGGAGAAAUCGUUACGAUCUUCUCGUGACCGUCGUUGGAGUCGUUUGGAUUAUCAUAUACUGCACGAUGACGAUGGAUCUAUCCUACGUGAUUGGGUUCAUGGUAGUGAUAUUGCGAUUUUUCACGAUAACCGGCAAGCACACGACAUUGAAGAUGCUCAUGCUGACAGUCGGCGUGUCGGUGUGCAAAAGCUUCUUCAUCAUCUUUGGCAUGUUUCUACUGGUGUUUUUUUACGCGCUCGCCGGUACCAUCAUCUUCGGAACUGUGAAGUAUGGCGAAGGCAUCGGAAGACGAGCGAAUUUCGAGUCACCAGUCACGGGCAUAGCCAUGCUAUUCCGGAUCGUCACGGGCGAAGAUUGGAAUAAAAUAAUGCACGACUGCAUGGUGCAACCUCCUUACUGUACUCCGGCACCGAAUUACUGGGAGACCGAUUGCGGCAAUUUCCACGCGUCUCUAACCUACUUUUGUACUUUCUACGUGAUCAUCACUUACAUCGUUUUGAACCUGUUAGUGGCUAUAAUCAUGGAGAACUUCUCGCUGUUCUAUUCCAACGAGGAAGACGCUCUGCUGUCUUACGCGGAUAUUCGCAAUUUCCAAAACACGUGGAACGUUGUUGACAGCCAUCAGAGAGGAGUGAUCCCCGUGCGAAGGGUGAAAUUUAUUUUGAGAUUGCUGAAGGGCCGCUUAGAAACUGAUCCGCAGAAAGACAGAUUGCUUUUCAAGUAUAUGUGUUACGAGCUGGAACGUCUGCACAACGGAGAGGACGUGACUUUUCACGAUGUCAUCAAUAUGCUGUCGUAUCGAUCUGUCGAUAUACGGAAGGCCUUGCAAUUGGAAGAGCUUCUUGCCCGCGAGGAGUUCGAGUACAUAAUCGAGGAGGAGGUCGCCAAGCAGACUAUAAGAACGUGGCUCGAGGGUUGCUUGAAGAAAAUACGCGCGAAGCAGCAGAACAGCCUGAUAGCGGGGCUCAGAGCCACGAACGAAAUAUCAGCCACAGCGGUGCAGGAGCACAUAGAGGAAAAGAAAGAGAGCGUUGUCGAUCGCGAGGAAGAGCCCGAGGCCAAAGACGCGGACGGAUUGCGACACAGAGCCAAGAAACCCGCAGGACUUCCCAGAUCCGAUAGCAUCGGCAGCACUUCCGGCAGGAAAUAUCUUGCGCCAACGCUUUCCGAUCCUGCUUCGGUCAGAUCGGACAAAGACAAGAUCGCAGCUACUAAAAAGCGCAACAGCCGGCCUCCGCCUGCAGCCGUGAAGAACAAUUUGCCCCACGUGACGGAAGGUGCGGAGCAGCCGCGAAUACAGAGAGAAAUACUUAGUACAAAGAUGUCGCCGCCAAAGUCGUCCAACGUCAUCGUCGAAGUUCGCGAUUGGUGGCGAGAGCAAUUAGCUUACAACACUGAUACUAGUGACGACGAUUAGACCAAAAUCUGAUUACCAAUCGAAAAAUGAAACAUUCAAGUUUUUAUACUGUUUUCCAUGAUUAAUCGCUUUUUUGUUUUUUAGAUUAUUCCCUUAAAAAUUCGCAUGUUUUCAGAGUGGCUGCUUUGGUAUCACACAAGUAGUUAUUUCCACAGGUGAACACAAGCGUGAAAAACUUAAUUCUCAUCGAAUCUAAAUGCCCCUGUAAAAUUUGAGAAGGGUAUUUGGCUCGUAUCGAGUCAUUUUUAGCCUACAAGGCAUAUUAAAGUACAGUAAAAAUUAAUCCCGAUCAUUUACAAUAUUGUAAUAUUUAACAUUAUCUCUACCAUUUAUAGAUAUUUUAUAUUAGAAAACAUGUAUGCGAAUUAGUUAAAAGUAAUAUAUCAACAUACAUUUAUUAGAACACUAACAAUGCUGUAAGUGUUAAUAAAAUAAGUUGAAAUUCAUAAAGAUUUAUUGAAAACACAUUCAGAGCUUCACUGUAAUGAAUGCCAAUUGUUACUUUUG